AUGUAUCUGACUUCCGAUUCCAACCAGAAAUCAACUCUGAUUACACAAAACGAAGCCCUGAUAGUAAAAAAAGAAGAAAACCAAGCGGAUAGCAAGUCUCCGUCCCAAGAAAGCGAUGCAUUUUCUGCCGGCAGAAAGAGAAAUUCCACCACCUCAGAAUACCCUGAAAUCGUACAGAACUUCGGUGUCCUGACGAGCUUCGAGAUGUCCAAGAGAAUGAAGCCAUCGGAAGAUUCUGUCAACCUGACAAAUGGCUCGAUGCUGGGUAGAUCCCGCCCUAAAUCGAAACGGGGGUGCCUUACAUGUAAGUUCCGCCGGAAGAAAUGUGACGAAACACGCCCAAUUUGCAAAGAUUGUCAAAGAUUUGACAAAGAAUGUGUCUGGGUAGACUAUAAUACCAUGGCUUUGGAUGAGAUCCGGAAAUUAAAGGAGAAAGUCAAGGAGAGAGAAAGCGCCUCUAAACUUCGCAUCAGAAACAAAAUUCCAAAAGACAAAAACGAUGGGACCGUAAGCUUCGUGGCAGAGCCAGUAAAUACCUCUAUUAAACAGGAGGAUUCUUUUCAGGUGCGUCUGGAGCCACCAUUACCGCUGAAGACUGUUCCUACUCCAUUUGUUACACCCUCAUUUGACAACUUCCCUACCAUGAAUGAGCCUAGUACAAUUUCGUCUUUGAUUGAUAAUAAUAAGAGCCUGACUGACUUGCUAAGGUCCGCCUUCUCGCACAGCGCCCCAGGGUAUGCCUUACCAAAUCUACACAGCCCAGAAACCGUGCAAACAAACCUGCCAGGCGUCACUGAUCUUAUACAAAAUAUUGAGCCUAGUUUGGAUGAACAGACCUCACUGUACGACGAGAGUUCUGCCAAAUUCUUGAACUUUCUCCGAGAAGCAUCUCUUUUCACUAGCGCCAGCCUGGACAAACUCACACUCUUGGAUGAUGGUCAACAAGAAGCAGACGCAGACGCAGCAAAAAGUCCGUCGAAUUCUCUCAUGCAUGAUAUGAAACACGCAACUGGUUUCAAUAUUUACGAUUUUUUGGAGCAGGUCCAACCGUUGAGCUACGACUACCCCAACCAGUUCCUGCUGUUGGCGUCAACUUUUAACGCAACAUUCAUGACGGCUCCCAAACCCGCCUUAUCGGAGGUUCCUGAGCUAGACGCAAAAGGCUUGUUUCUCUACAACUACUACCUGGAAACAUUGUCGAAGAAAGUUUCCAUCGCGCCACUAUCGCAAAACGAGUCAAACUCGUACCAGAGAGUAUUUUUGCCACUUGCUCAGAAGGACAAGGGAGUUUUGUAUGCUAUUUUGGCGUGGUCCGGAUUCCACCUUGGAGGCAAGUACAUGAAAGAAGGUGCCAAAUAUGCAGAAAAGGCAGUAAGCAAUUUGCUCAGAGAUGUGGAUUUCACACAAACAGCUAGAAUUGAAGACAGGAAGGCCAUUGUGUACAAAUUGGCUACUAUCUUGAUCUUGUGUGGUGCUGAGAUUUGUCGAGGCGAUGUCAAGAUAUGGUCGGUCUAUUUGGAUUGGGGCUGGAGACUUCUUAGAGAUAAUGGAGGCAUUCUUAAUUUUGAUAAUAACAAAGAAGAGCAUUGGCUUAUCUCCAAUUUCGCCUACCAUGACCUUUUAGCUGUGAGUGAAAGACCAUCAUAUUUCAACCCCGACAUAUACGAUCAAAUCUUCAGUGAUCCCAACGGGAACUCGAAAGGAAAUCUCAAUCCACUUCUUGGUGUGUCCAAGGGACUUUACAAAGUAAUCGGCGCUAUUAAUCAAUUUGCUUAUGAAUGCAAAACACCUAUCAGAAAUUACUACAAGAGAGGGUCUCCGACUGCACUGAGGAGUGAACAGCUGUCUCCGACUGAUAGCGUGUCAUCUGAAGGGUCCGAAAAGAGCCAUGUGAGCUUUCACACCGCUGCUUUAGCCUGUUUACAAGCGUCAUUUGACAAAGCGCGGGAACUUGACCAAUACAUAGAUAACUGUCGGCCAGAGAUGUCUGAUCUAGUCAACCUAACAGACCGUGAUCUUGAGCUUCAAUUGACCACAUUUGAGGCAUUUCAAGUUAGCUGCAAACUACAUUUGCGUCAGAGCAUACUAAAGCUCAAUCCUUCGGCAUUGGAAUGCCAAAUCCUCGUGCAUAAUUUGACCAAAUGCAUAGAUAUCCUUAUUGGAACACCAAUGCAGGCAACGUUGGUAUUUCCUAUAUUCAUAGCUGGUCUCUACAUGGUCACCGAGGAUGACAAACAAGCCAUGAGUCGGCGAUUCGAAUUGAUGAUGAAAUUAUACGGACCAUGGAACGUUGUUCGUGCAAAGUAUGUUGUCGAGAAGGUCUGGGAGUUGAACCCAGAUGGAGACAGAUGGCUCGACUGGGGUUUGAUUCUUAGUGAACUAGGUUGGGAACUCAAUUUCGCAUGA